GAAUAAAACGUUUAGUGAACUCAGAUAUUCAGCAACUAUGGCAGCCUCCAACCGUGAUUGGGAACGCCUGAAGAGAAUGGCUAAAGCGUCCAAUCCUUACCGUAAAACUAUGAUCUGCCAGAUCCUUGUAGCUUCUGUAGUUAUAUACUUCUGGUACAGCUUUAACGAAGGUUUUAUUCCUUGGUUUCUGAGAAGGAAAAUCCCUAUGUUGGAAGUGGGUCCAGAUAUCAGCCCCAUGAUCUUCUUUCCACAUGCCAACGAAGAUGGGAACAACAUCAUAUGGGCUCGGCACGUCAACAGUAAGAGGGCCUUAGACAUCGCCCUCAAUGGUCCAGUUGAAGCAGACAUGAUACAGGGCGAUGUUUUAUUGAAGGGACAGGACACAGACCAUCAGAGCCUCACUCCGGUUAUGGCCCGACUACCAGAAACCAACAGUGAACUGACCUUGGACAUCUGGCUAACAGAGGUCAGACAGACUGAUCACAAGGGGAUCAAAAUCUCAUUCCAGUCCAACGAUGCCGUGGAGAUAACACUGCAGAAAUUAAAGGAUUCCAAGAGAGGGCUUUUCAGGCCAGUUUGGCUGCAUGCUGACAUAUUGAAAGGACCUCAUGGCUCCAAACCAAGAAUGGACAUGAACAGGUACAUCAAGCAUGUCCAGCGAUUGUUUCCAAAAUGUACCAUGUCCUUGGGAUGGACAACCGGAACUCACACUGACCUCAGUUUGAGUGGCUACUCGUGGGACAAUGUCAUGGACAUGUAUCAGGCUAUUAAGGAUGCAGAACUAGACCAGCCUAUCGUCAUAUCUGUCCGAUCCUCACUGAUUCGAAACUCUGUCCCUCAGAUAAAAUGGUUGACAGAUAACACGAAAGCAAGUGUGUUCAUCUGGCAGGAAGAAGGGGAGAGAACUGCGCCCGAGGAUCUGAUGCACAUAGCGUACCGGUUUGCUCCGGAGAAAUCCUAUUGGGACAUUCAUGACAAAGACCUGAAAGCUUACCUCAAGAUGAACAGAAACAAAUCCAGUCCUAAGCUAAGUCCUUAUGCUAAACAGAGAGAUACUGUUCUGUUCCGCCCAGAGGCGUGGCUAAAAAUGGGUCUAUACAUAGAACAUCAUUCCAUUCUGCCUAGUGAAGAAGCUUUGGUUUUACAGAGUCGUGCUGUGUAUGUGCUGACAAAAUCUAAAUAUAAACCUUCAAAACUGCUCUCUCUCAAUGGUCGAGUCCAGUUUUUGAACAGAAAAAACCGAGAUGUAGUUCCCAAUGAGACUGGCAUGAGCAUAUACGUGCGAUCGACUGCCUACACAGAUUUUGAGAACAUUGUAGGCAUACAGUGUUUUCUAGGACUGGAUGGCCAGAUGAAGAUCAUGUCGAGUCACCUUGACCAAACGUUUCAGAAGAGCAUGCGCUUUACUCCCGGGACUUCUGCUUGCUUUAGGUUCUCUGUGGUGGAUACCGGGGUAGAGGUCAUCUUCCAGGUGAUGGUUCUUCACGAAUGUCACACGCUGGAAAGUGUCAUGCCAAUGAACGAUGUAAAGGCAGAGCUUAAACUCGAAAUCCCCAGGUCCGUCGGAAAUGAGGUCAACCCAUUUAUAGUGAAGCUAGAGGACAGCAAUCGUGCAGCUGUGUUUGAUGAGCUUCAUGUGAAACAUGGAGGCUUCUUAUAACACAAAUGAUGAACUGUAUUACCGAUGUCAUAAAGCAGGCAUUUUGAUUCAAUGUCAUUAAAGUGUUUUGGUUCAGAAAAGGGAAAAUCCAGUCAUUGUAGUGAAGUCCUCCCUUUAAAGUGCACAGCAUUUUCUAACUGGUCCCUUUUUGUCUGAUUUAAUAUUUUGAAUGUCUAAAUUAUCACAAAAAGAUCUGCUACACACACCCUAAUCAUGUUAGGGCCAUGAAAUGUAGGUCGUCUAUUUCUAAUCCUUCGAGUUUUAUGCAUCGUGUGUGUUGGGUGGUCUUAUUAAUAUUCCAUUUUUUCUGAUAUGUAUUGUGAAUGAUCAGGACAUUUUGUGAGUAUGACUUCUGGAGGAGCGCUGUGUUGUAUCUGUACACCAUGUGAUGUAGUGAGUGAGUCACUACGACAUAUGAUGUGUUGGGUUCAUUAUCAUUUGUCAUGUCACUUUGGUAAAUAUGCCCAGUAGCAAGAAGAUGAUAAAUAUGACAUUCCAGAACAAUUGUUCUUCCAUUCUAAGAAAUGUUCACUAACCAAUUAGUUCCUUUUCACAGGGCUUUCAGUUUCAUUUUCUACAAUAAUCAGAUUACUUAUGUUUUCUUUCAUUGUAUAACUUGAGGUGAUAUAUUUUCCCAUGGUUAAGCUACAUGCAAUACUGAAGCUUUUAUAUAUGUAUUUACUUGUAUUUACAUUUUAUGUAGACGUGUUCUUUUUUAAAAUCAGUAAAGCAGAAAAUGUUUAUGUUUUAUUGAAUUUGUUUGAUAUAUGAUGUAGAUGAGCAUAAUGUGAAACUCUAAUCUGAUCUUUCAGAUUUUCAUCCGUUGGUUGUGAAGAUUAAUCAGGUUGUUUUCUGUAAAGCAUUCCAUUUGUCUAUAACUUGAUGAGAAUGAAUCCAUAGUUGCUUUGAUAUAUGAUAUAUGAUAAAAGUAUUUCUUGAUGUAUUUUUAUAGAGUGUAUGUUAUCUGUUGAUCUCAUUUCUAAGUGGAACAUAUGUAAUGUAAAUACAGGAUUAUAUUGAUA